AUGGCGCCAAGGCAGCAGGAAUCCAAACGGAGGAGGCUGAGGGUCACUACAGGAUGCUUGACAUGCCGCCGCAGACACAUCAAGUGCGACGAAACACGGCCGACGUGCUCCAACUGUGGAAAGAAGAACAGGACAUGUCGGUAUGGAGCACCAUCGCAAGGUCAAGAUAGGUGUACAGAUACAGAAUCCAUUCAAACCUCGCCUCCACCACGUCACGAACAUUCCGAAGCUCGCGAGACGAGGGUUCGCGAGCCUAGCGAGAAUGGAGGCUCUACUCUGAGCCUUGCCAGUCCUACUGUGGUCGGGGACGUCACGAUUGAGGCGGCAACACUCGAGUCGAUUCUCUUGAGCUCUGACUAUUAUCUUCCUGCAGAUGCUCUGCAAGCCGCUGUACAGAUCCACAGUCCACAUGCCGCUGAUGCAGUCGCGCUGCAACCACUACAACUCCAUACCGAUUGCCCAAUCCAGCUAUCGGUUACUGAAGUAGCGAUAUUCCGGAACUACGUUGAACAUGUCUCCCACUGGGUAGACUCGUUCUCAGCCGACCAGCCAUUCCACCGACACGUUCCCAUCCUCGCGCUGACAUGUCGACCUCUACUAGACUCAUGUCUCGCAUUCGCAGCUAAGCAGAUGGACCUCGUCGGGGCUCUGGUACCGAUCGGGCUCUCAUCAAGCGAACCAGUGCGCUAUUACCGCCUUGCUUUGAACGCCAUUCGAGCCCUGCUACUCCAUCGCGACCACGCCAGAAGCGAUGAAGUGUUAGCAGCGUGCAUUUUACUCUCUACGUAUGAAAUGGUCGAUGUCGCGGGCGACUCCCUCGGCUCUCAUCUCAAGGGCGUCGCAUCUCUCCUCCAGGCCCGGCAAGUCACCGGCGACGCAACUGGUAUACGCGGAGCCUGUUACUGGACAUGGUACCGCCAUGAAACAUGGGCUGCCCUCCGUACCGGGCGGCGAAUGUCUCUCCUAGAUGAACGGUACUGGCGACCGCAAGAGCUAGAGUCGUUUGCACAUCUUAGCCCGGAGGAGAUUGCGAACCGGGUGCUUUUCAUAUUCGGGCAGUGUAUCAGCUUUUGCAAUGAUGAUAGCUAUAACCUUGGAGUCUCCCCUUCCCCUGGAGACGGGUCCAGAGUAUGGUCUGAACUCCGGGAGGGCACUGCAUUGAGACUGGAACAGGCACUGCACGACUGGAAGGCGAAAUUACCACUCAGCAUGGCCUGUUUUGAAUCCCUUAAAGGACCUGGACCCAUGAACUCAAUAGACCCUUCCACUGGGACAAUCGAGGCGAUGUGGUUUGUCUUUCCUCAUUCUGCCGUGGCAACACAGCUAUACCAUGCCAGUAAACUGAUGCUCGCCCUCAAAUGGUGUCAGCAAUCCCAUCAGCCACCGGGGCUGGCGAAUUCCUCGUUCCUGUCUCAGCAACGGCGCAUCCACUACCAUAGGGAACAGAUUUUGCUUACCGCAAACUCCGGGAUACCAGAUGCUUGGGGACUUAUAUCUACUCAGUGCCUCUACCUUGCUGGUCUUUGGGAGGAAAACGAGUGUCUUGUCCUGUGA